GGAAGAGCGUGAGGAGCGACACAUACAUGGAGGUGCUGUCAGACACCGGGGUCGCCAAGCUGGCACGUUAUUAAUGAUUUUGCUCGCAGUUUUUUGAAUACUUUUAAACAUGGGAUAGUAGCGUCUUUGUCAGCUCACUGAAUUCAGCUGGUUUUAACUGUGACACCAUGAUGUCGCUGUCAUGGCGGGAGUGUCUGAGCACCUCCGUGCUGUCGCCUGUAAACUUUGUAGCUCUGCUGGUGUUCUUGCUAGUGUUUUAUAUAGUUAAUGUUUAUCAGAAACGACGGUACUUCGCAAAUAUCCCACCAGGUCCGAAGCCGUGGCCGGUGGUCGGUAACUUCGGCGGGUUUUUUCUCCCCUCUUUCAUCCUGAGGAGGUCUGGACUGCAGUCACAACCCCCCAUGGUCAUUUUAACGGAGCAAGCCAACGCGUACGGUAACGUGUACAGCCUGUUUGUAGGGAGUCAGCUGAUGGUUGUGCUUAAUGGCUAUGAAGUGGUCAAAGAUGCUCUCUCAAACCAUCCUGAGGUGUUCUCCGACAGACCAGAUAUUCCUUCCGUCACCAUCAUGACCAAACGCAAAGGAAUAGUCUUUGCACCUUACGGGCCAGUGUGGAGAAAGCAGCGCAAGUUCUGCCACACCACGCUCCGAAGCUUCGGCCUGGGGAAGCUGACCUUGGAGCCGUGCAUCCAGGAAGGUCUGGUUACCAUCAAAACAGAGCUGCUGCGACUGAGCAAGGAGUCCGGUGCAGUCGGCGUGGACCUGGACCCGCUGAUCAGCAAUGCCGUGUCAAACGUCAUCUGCUCGCUGAUCCUGGGACAGCGCUUCCAUCACGAGGACAGCGAGUUCCGCAACAUGCUGAGACUUAUGGAUCGAGGGCUGGAGAUCAGCGUGAACAGCGCUGCAGUCCUCAUCAACAUCUUCUCACUGCUGUACUACUUGCCUUUUGGGGUCUUCAAGGAGUUGCGGCAGGUGGAAAGAGACAUCACAGCAUUUCUGAAGAGGAGUAUUACAAAGCACAGAGAAACCUUAGAUCCUGACAACCCGAGGGAUCUUGUAGACAUGUAUUUGAUGGAGAUGUUGGCCCAACAAGCUGCUGGAGAGGAGGACAGCACCUUCACAGAAGACUAUCUCUUCUAUAUAAUAGGAGAUCUCUUCAUCGCUGGCACUGACACCACCGCUAACUCAGUUUUGUGGGUUCUGCUCUACUUGGCCAUACACCCUGAUAUCCAAGACAAAGUCCAAGCAGAGAUCGAUAAAGUGGUGGGCACACAUCGUGUCCUGUCGCUGACAGAUAAGGGAAGCUUGCCUUUUACUGAAGCCACCAUCAUGGAGGUGCAGAGACUGACUGUUGUGGUUCCCCUGGCUAUUCCUCACAUGGCCUCUGAGACAAUAGAGUUCAGAGGCUACACUAUUCCCAAAGGAACAGUUAUUGUGCCCAACCUGUGGUCUGUCCAUAGAGAUCCCACUCUCUGGGACGACCCAGACAGUUUCAACCCAACACGCUUCUUGGACGAUGAGGGACAUUUGCUCAGGAAAGAGUACUUCAUACCAUUCGGGAUUGGUCGCAGGGUGUGCAUGGGUGAACAGCUGGCGAAGAUGGAGCUGUUCCUGACGGUUUCCAGCUUACUGCAGGCCUUCAAAUUCAGACUUCCAGAGGGAACACCUCCUCCUUCUCUGCAAGGGCGGUUCGGCCUGACGCUAGCACCCUGCCCAUACACUGUGUGUGUGAGCCCUCGAAGGUGAAGCAGUGCAAUAUUUGGUUCAGAUUUUCUGUAAACCAAGAACCUUUACUGACCAAGACAUGGGUCAAGGUUUCCUGGAGAGACAAUGCAAUCUGUGUGAAACAGAAAAAGUAUGAUCUGUAUCUAUGGCUGCACAUCACAUCUCAUUAUCAGUUAAUGUACUGAUUAUUCAAGCAAUUAUUGGGUCCAUAAAAUUCAAAAAGCAAUGUGAAACACCAAUCAGAAAUGACCAAAGUGAUGUCUUAUGGCUAGUAUUUAAUUUGUAAUGCUUUCAUCCAAAACAGCUGCUAAUAAUCUCCUCUAAGAAGCUGGGACCAGCAAGUGUUUUAUAUUUACUUGACAAUCAAGCAAUAUUUAAGGUCUAUUGUCAAAGUUCUGUUGAUUGUUUUUUUUAAUCAACUCAAUCUCGACUAAUACGGUCAGUAUUAUAUUUCAGAUGCCUUUGAUUUUGGAGGAUAUCUGCUGUAUAUCUGUAUUGAUAUUUUAUCAUUUUACUGUAAUAGGACGCAUGACACUGAAAUAUAGAAAUGAGCGCACAGAUCUGUCUAUCUGUCUGUAUAAUGUCUUUUAUCAGGGCAUUAGGAAAGAUUUUAGUUUCAAGAGUAUAAAUAUAUAUUUUCCUUACUGACUUGAUAAAUGGAUCACUGACAUUGUGUCAAUAAAAUGAGUUUAUCUUAA